AAAUUUAAAUUUAUAAAAGCAAAUUUGAAAUAUUUAUGAGUUAUAAUUUGUUAAGGAUUAAGAAUAUAAAACGACAAAAUAUUUAAAAAUCACAAAUGUAAUAAGUAAUUGUAAAGACCAAAUGCAAAUAAAAAUUUGAAACUUCAAAUUUGAAAUUUUAAAUAGUGACAUUUGUGAAGUUUUACUACUCAAAAUUUCAUAUUUAAAGUUCCACAACAAAAAUUUAUAUUUUUUUUAAAUAACAAAAAUCUUCUUCAAACGUAGUAAGAAACUAAAGCUCGAAAUUUUGCUUGUUAUCAUGACCAUAUAUGGAGACACGAUCAAACUUAAACAGUGGAGAAAUAACUACCCUAACGAAUUAUCAAACAGAAUUCAUCACUUUAUCAUUCAUACUCCAAAAAUAAAAAUAAAAAUCGUCCCAUCCUACGAUAACUUUUGUUUAUUUAAAUGUGUUUGUAUGGAAAAAUAUCUUUCAUACGUAUACAAUAGAUACAUAACACUUAAAGCUGGUGAAGUAAUAAUUAGAAGAGGCAGAGACAUUGAAAAAAGAAAGAAUUGAGUUUGUUUUUCGUCUAUGUAAAUACCGAUGAUGCCCUCACCUUUCUUAUUUCCUCAUUUGUCCCUUUCCUUUUUCAUGUUUAUUUCUAACUUCUCUGUCCCUUUCAAUCCUUCUCCACCAGAUAUCCUCUGAUUCGAUCCCCACAAUAUUUAUAAAACAAGCAUUUAUUUUCACUAAAUCAAUUAAAUUCCCCAAGAGUAGUUCCAGUUCUUUUAUUAUAUAAAGAAUAUAAUUAAUUCUUUACAAAUAAUACGAGAAAAUACAAAAUUCUAACUACAUACCUUCAGCUUAUCCUGCUUAAUAGUACUAAGUAAUUAACUCUGAUCAACUCUGAUCAUGCUGAUCAAAGUAAUGUUUAGUAAAUAAAAAAACUAUUUAUUAAACAAUCUUCUUUCUAAAUAUAAAAUUUUAUUCGAACUUUAAUCCAAAUGAACAUAUUCUGUCAUCUACUCACUUUUGUAUCACACUUUUUUCUUACAUAUACAAAUUUUUUAGGUCAUAUAUGUUAGUGAUAGAAAAUCUUAUAUAGUCACCAACUUUUUUUUUUUUUUUUGAAACACUGUUUUUUUGAAACACAUAGUCACCAACUUUUCAUUAUACCAUAUUAAUACUUGAAUAACUGAUUUUAGUGUGAGAAAUCAAAUUUUCAAGCUUAAAAGAAUAAUAUUGAAUAACUGGUUUUCUAAAUUUUGCAAAGCUUCUAUUUGGUCCCCAUCUGUGUAUAUAUAACUCAACACCUUCCACACUAUUUUCUAUAUCUCCCCCACAUACAAAACCUAAAAUCUCUUUUGCUUAAGUUCUUUUCUUGGUAAAGUAAAAGUUCACUCUCUCUCUCUAGAUCACUGUAUUCUUCCGAUCUAUUCUUCAUCUUGAUCUUGAAAUGGAGCAACCGCAACAUCAUCACCAUCACCAUCAACAAACCGACCAAGAGAGCGGUAACAACAAUAAGUCCGGCUCUGGUGGUUACCCAUGUCGCCAAACGAGCACAAGAUGGACACCAACGACGGAGCAGAUCAGAAUCCUCAAAGAUCUCUACUACAACAACGGAGUUCGGUCACCAACAGCCGACCAGAUCCAGAAGAUCUCUGCACGGCUGAGACAGUACGGAAAGAUCGAGGGUAAGAACGUCUUUUACUGGUUCCAGAACCAUAAGGCUCGCGAGCGACAGAAGAAGAGAUUCAACGGCACAACCAUGACCACACCAACAACUUCAUCCCCCAACUCGGUUAUGAUGGCCAACGACCAUUAUCAUCAUAACCAUCAUCCUCUUCUUCAGCACCAUCAUCAUGGUGUUACCAUGCAUAGGCCUGCUUCGGUCAAUAUUAAGCUUGACCAAGAAAAUCAUCUCCUUCAUCAGAACAUAUCUUAUCCCAACUUUCAGAACGGGAAUUUAAAUCAUGCAAGUUCAGGCGCUGAAUAUGGUGCUCUUAAUGCUUCUUCUAAUGGCUACAUGAGUAGCCAUCUCUAUGGAUCUAUGGAACAAGAUUAUUCAGUGAGCUACAACAACGUAAGUGGAGGAUGGACAAACAUGGAUCAUAAUCAUCAUUACUCAGCUCCAGCUUACAACUUCUUCGAUAGACCAAAGCCUCUGUCUGGACUGGAAGAUCAUGAAGAAGAAGAAUAUGGUGGCGAUGCUUAUCUGGAACAUAGUCGUACACUUUCCCUCUUCCCUAUGCACGGUGAGGAUAACAUCAACGGCGGUGGUGGUGCCUUUUUGAAGUACGGACAAUCGGACGGUCGUGAUUAUUAUGGUAGAGGCUCUUGUGCUUCUCUCAAGUUAUGUUUAAACUCCUACGCAGGCGUCUCACCGGAUUAAACUCCCUUUCGCCAUCUUUAUCUCUCUCUCUUAUGUUUCGCUGCUGACUAAUGAUGCAAUAAUCAUCUAAUAAUGAUAUAUCUCGUACGUAGUUUAGUUAUUUGUAAUUACUAAUAUCGCCUCCCCCGGUUAAGCUUUCAUUGAGUGCGUUUUUCUCCUUUUCUUUUUAAUGUAAGACGUUAAACUUUUAUUACUAUGAACCUGGAGUCUAUUUCAAUAGA